AUGUCAUCUCGGGCGCUCAAAAAGCUGGCAGGCUUAGAUGCUUUAGAUGAGCAGGUAGAAGUAUGGGAUACUGAAGAAUUGACUCCCACAUCCAAGCCAUCUAUAUUUUCUAUGUUCGACGUUCCGAAACUGCUGGAGGAGAAUGCACCUGGUUCGGAUAGCGGGUCCGCCCAAGGAAGCGCCAGCAGUCAACCGUUUCAAAAUCAAAAACGUAACAGAAAACCAAAACGAAACAAGAAAAAGUCCGCCAAAUCUAAACACGUUGGUGUUCAAAGUAUUAACCAGUCUCCCGAAAUUACCGAAGAUGAUAUCCUGUUAGAAGCAGCUCAGAAAAGCCACUCUGAUCAGGAAUCGCCAGGUGCUAAGACGUCUACGGUAGCCUCCAUAAGACCCACGGAUCUUUUGGUUGUGAACAGAAAAUUUCUUGACUAUCGAGCUGAACUUCAGCGAAAGUUCGGAUCUGCUUUAACACCAGAUGCUCGGAAGCGCUAUUCUCUCCCAUUCGGUCAGCUGGUUCGACCAAAAGCUACGUGGCCGCCAUUGGUAAAUUAUGGCCAAGAGAUGAAAGCGUCUACUGAUGCUAGUGGUGGUUCUGUGUUUGCGUUUACACACAACAAGGAAUAUUCAAAGCAUCAGAAGGCUUUUUACGCUCUCCAGGAUAUGGUGAAUCCGGACACGCUUUCGAUGGUUCUCUCCAAGGCUCCUUAUCAUGUGGACACUCUACUACAUCUUAGCGACUAUCUGAUGCACCAGGAUCAAUCUGAAGCGGCGGUGGAUAUGAUGGAGCGUGCUCUAUACGCUUGCCAAUCGUCAUUCCAUUUGACUUUCAACUUUGCAACUGCCUCUUGCCGUAUGGACUACAGAGUGCAGGAGAAUCGAAGCUUCUUUGUCGCUAUCUUCCGUUAUCUCUUCUAUGUCGCCUCUCGGAGUUGUUAUCGUGCAGCACUGGAGUACAGCAAGGCUCUGCUUCUACUAGAUCCAGACAAUGAUCCACUGGCGAUCGUUCUAGGCAUUGACUUCUUGGCUAUUUCGUCGGAAGAGUAUGAAUUCCUCACGAGUUUCUACGACGCCUGGAAUCCAAAACGGAAUCUGAAUCUUCUCCCAAACUUCGCCUUUUCGAUGCCGCUCGUACGGUGGUUGCAGCGAAAUCGGCCGCGGAAGCGAAAACAGGGAAGGGAUGUCCUUGAGCCUGCGGAAAUUGAUAAGAUGCUUCAAGAUGCCCUAAUCAUGUUUCCUGGCUUUCUUACCCGUCUGAUGCACCACGUCAAGGUUGGUGGGACGGACAACCUGGACAAGUCAGUCCUCUUUGGCAAGGAAGUUCGACUCUCGGAAAGUGAGAGUCUAAGUCGUCUGCUAGAUCUCUAUGUAUCUCAGUCGCGCUACCACUGGCAAGAGCCCGACGUCCUUGCUUGGCUGGAAACCAAUGUGGUGUCUGUUCUCAACCUCGUGGAACCCGUUGUCGUAGGCUCUGAUUCCGGUUCUGUCCAUGGGCGCAAUGUCCAACCGGACGAACGGCUCAGGUUGUACUCAGAGAGGCGGAAACGACUCUACACUCAACCGCCUCGCAACAUUCUUCGUUAUAUCUUUCUUCGAGAUCUUCCUGACGUCCCUCCCUUUGUUCCUCCGGCACUUGCCAAUCAACAAAUUUAUCCGCUGGAUCCCUUCCCACCUACAGAUGCCAUCAAUACGUACAAUCCAGAAGCUGAAAGGAGACAGCAUGAAAACACGGAGGGUGGGAUCAUGGGUUUCUUGAGUACCCUCUUGGGCACACUGUGGCCUGCUGUACCGUUGCGAGAGGAAGUUGCUGACUUAAACACCAUCCUGGCCGAGUUUGGCCUCGCGGUAGUAGAGGAAGUCGAUCCCGAAGCAGAGGCGGAAGAAACAGGGAACGAGACACUCCCUCAUGAUUUCGACUAG